AACACCCUUUCCACCAUGCUUCACAAUCGUGCAGUGUUCCUGUGGGACGUGAAGGACAUCAGUCAACCGAGUCACAAGUCUCUAAGAAUCAAUAUCGAAUUCGAUCAUCCGACCUUCGUUAAAUGGAGCCCCGAUUCCAAGGCGUUUAUAAUUCACAGAUACAAUGAGAACGCCGUGGAGGUUUACAAAGUGGAAAAGAAAAAGGACGGAUGGCUGGGCCAUGCGACGAAGGCGUUGACUUUUCCCAAGGCACACACUGAAGAAGUGAUUGGUAUGGACAUAGCGAGUACCGGAAAGUUCAUCAUAUCCUGCUCUAACAAGACUGAUCUAAUAGUGUGGGAUCUAAAGGGUCAACAACUGGCACAAGUGGACACGUACCUCAUGACCACAGUAUGUGCUAAAAUAACGCCGUGUGGCAGAUUCAUCGUGGCAUCCGGAUUUGCACCCCACGCGACUGUCUGGGAGGUCGUCUUCAGCAAGUCGAACGAGUUUCAGGAAGUGAAGAGGGUUUUCGAGUUGAUCGGACACACGUCUGGGGUAUGUGACAUUGCCUUCGAUGUUGACACCUCCCAUAUGGCGACCGUAUCCAAGGAUGGCAGCUGGAAACUAUACGACACCAAGAUCGACUACAAGAGAGGUGAAAGUCCACAUCUGAAGAUCACGAGUAAAUACGAACAAGCCGGUAAUCACGCCUACAUCGCUUUGUCACCUAACGCGGAAGUUGUGGUGAUUUCCGUCGCCAAUGGACUCGCCUUUUAUUCGACACGCACUGGAAAAUUGGAUCAAAAGAUCGACAACGUGUUCUCAGGUAAUAUUACUGGAUUGUUAUUCCAUUCGACUGGCAAUUAUCUGUUAGCCUGUGGUGAUCGACAUAUUCGUAUAUUCCACAACAUAACUGGUUACAAGUGUAACAUCGAGACCGCCAAGGAAAAGCUUAAAGAAAACCAAAGUAGCGCGACCAAGGAACGUUUGCACAAAAUCAUUGAGGAGUCUCAGGAAAUGUUGGACUCAAUCGUUAAAAAAUAAAUCAAGCUAAAAUUUUACAGGGUACAUUUACAUUGCCUCAAUUGCUUAUCAUUUAUUUUAACAUUCCAUUUAUAUUUUUUCAAAACAUAUUCUUCUACUAUUGAUAUAAUGAAUAAACACUACUUUACUUA